AUGUCUCCUCAUUCUACAGCAGAUAUAAACGACACUUGUGUGCCUCUCCUUGACGUCGAAAUGCCUUCAAAAAUCACUUCGUGUGUCAUAGGCAUUGAUGUUGGUGGUACCAAUACCGAUGCAGUGGUACUACGGGACGAGAGAGUCAUUGGGUGGCACAAAACCCCCACCACAUCUGAUAUUCAGGAGGGUGUCGAACUUGCAAUCGAGGCCGUUGUAAAGAAAGCAGAAAUACCCGUCAAUCACGUGGGAGCCGUCAAGAUUGGAACCACACAAUUCGUCAAUGCGGUGUUGGAGCAGGACUCAAGCAAACUAGAAAAGGUUGCUGUGAUUCGACUUUGUGGCCCAUAUUCGAGAGGGACCCCGCCCUUCUUAGACUUCCCACCUGCUCUUCGUGCCCUUCUUUAUGGCCAUUAUGGUUACGUCGAUGGCGGGUAUCAAGUGGAUGGGUCUCUUAUCGCCACCAUUGAUGUGAACCAGAUCAAAGAGCAGGCAAGAAUUAUUAAAGCGAAAUCUAUCAAGAGCAUUGUGGUGAUAGGCAUAUAUUCGCCGUCCAACCCUGCACAAGAAGAGGAUGUAAAGAAGAUUCUGGCGUCGGAGCUUGGCCCCGACUACGAUAUAUCCUGCUCUCAUGCUAUCGGCCGACUUGGUUUCCUUGAGCGUGAGAAUGCCAGCAUACUUAAUGCGAGCUUACGCCGCUUUGCUCGUCAUGUAAUUGCUGGAUUUUCGGAGGCUAUUCGACAUUUGGGCACCUGCAACCUGUACAUCACACUUAAUGAUGGUACGCUGAGCAUGGCUCAGACGGCAGCAGAGUAUCCAAUAUUGUGUUUUUCGUCUGGACCUACGAACAGUGCUAGGGGCGCGGCUUUAUUAGCAAAGUCGUACAUUUCUGAUGCAAACGAUGGGCGAGAGGUAUUGGUGGUCGAUGUUGGCGGCACUACCACGGAUAUAUGUGCCCUUCUCAAGUCCGGCUAUCCGAGGCAGUCGGCGGCGUUCGUCAAGAUUGCUGGAGUGCGGACUAACUUUACUAUACCUGAUGUUCAUAGCCUUGCAUUGGGCGGUGGCUCACUUGUCCGGACAAAGAGAUUGCGAACUUCAGUGGGCCCAGACUCUGUUGGUUCAAGGUUGAAUCAAGAGGGUAUUGCCUUUGGCGGAAAUAAAUUUACUGCCACAGACUUAGUUAUGGUUAAUACUUUCACGCAGGAGUUGAUUGAUCCCGAAGUAAAGAAAUCUGGUCUCGCUGAAAUUGGCAGAGCGUUGGAAGAUGCCAUUGAUUUAGUAAAGACAAAGCAGGGCGAGGCGAGAGUCAUCCUUGUAGGCGGCGGUAGCAUUAUUGUUGAUGAGCACAUUGCUGGUGUUAGUGAGGUGAUCCGGCCGAAAUACUUGGAAGUAGCAAAUGCUGUUGGGGCUGCGAUUGGGCGCAUUAGUGGAUCUGUCGACAAAACAGUCGUCCCCACCCACGGAAUCGACCUUGAGAUUCAGAGAGCAACGUCAAUCGCCAAAAAGAAGUGUGUUGCAGCUGGUGGAGACGACAAGACUGUUGAGGUUGUUGAAGUUGAUGUUGUGCCUCUAUCUUAUGCUACCAAUGGUGCAACGCGGAUACUUGUGCGAGUCGUUGGCGAUCUGAAAAAUAAAUAUGAUUUCGCUCCUGAUAAAGUGAUACCAAAGGCGCCCCUGCGGAAAAAGCGAAUCGCCAAGUGUGCUCGUGCGAUCACAGAUUCAAGCCCAGCCGUCACCAAAGGAUCUUCGUACGAAGUCGUAAAACAGUUUGAUGUGAAGUCGUAUCGGCCGAGAAUUGAAGGAGAUUUGUGGUAUUUCUCCGAGCUAGAUCUCCAAUUCUUGCAAGACGGAGCAGGAAUUCUUGGUGUUGGGAGUUGUGGAGAACCAUACUCCGCCUAUCUGGCGUGCCUGAUGGCGCUUCGAAAUGGGGAAGACAUCACUAUCAGAAGACAGGAUACACUACCCGACGAUGCCGUAGUUCUUGUUGCGGGUUUUAUGGGAUCUCCUGGUGUCUAUCUGGAGCGGAUACCAGGGGUUGAUGAAAUCACAGACGCAAUGAAAGGUACAAUGAAAAUGGCGGGAAUCGAAAACUUCGAUGCGGUAGUUCCAAACGAGAUUGGAGGUCUGAACGCAUUCGAAUCAAUCCUAGCAGCUCGCCGCUUCAAGAAGAGCGUACUUGAUACCGAUCUCGUAGCACGAGCAUAUCCAAUGGUAUGGCAGACAGUUCGCUGUUUGAAAGACGUUCCAAUUGCACCAUGCAGUGUAGCAGACGGAUCUGGGAGGGUUGAUUCAUUUUCAACAGCCACGGAUAACUUCCACGCAGAAGACCUCAUGCGAACGGCAUGCACAGAUCAAGGCUCCUUGGGUGGAAUGUGUAUAUCUCCAGUCUCAGGCGCCGAAGCUAAAACCCUUCCUCGAAAUAGCUUCUCUCAUGCAUGGCAAAUCGGCCGAUCAAUCGCCAUCUCUCGCUCCCUAAAAAUCGAUCCCAUCCCUCCUCUUCUCGAAUUACAAAGCGGUGUCUUGCUUUUCAUUGGCAAGAUUAUCUCGGUAACGCGAAACGUCGCAGAAGGAUUUACACGUGGAAGUGUUCUCCUCGAACCGUUCUCAGAAAACGACUCCAACAGGAUCGGGGAUGAAGGGGUAGAGAAGAGUUUGGUUAUCGAUUUCGAGAACGAGAAUCUGAGUGCAGUGUUGAAGGAGCAGGGUAAGGAGGAGAAAGUCCUGGCGUGUUGUCCAGAUUUGAUCGUUGUUCUUGACAAAGCGAAUGGGGCGCCGCUUGGUAUCUCAGAUUAUAAGUACGGGCUGAGGGUCAGUGUUAUUGCACUGCGAUCACCGCCUGUCUGGACCACUGAAAGGGGCUUGGAAGUUGGUGGACCUAAAGCUUUUGGACUCAAUAUGGAUUACAAAUCCGUCGCUACCUCUGCGGUGGCUUACGAGGAACCGAAGAGUGUUUGGGAGAUGUUUGGUGAGGGAUCAUGA